AGAGAAGCAGCAUUAAACAUUAAGCCGUCAGAACCUCGAGAUGAAACUCUGUCACAUUUUCUUCUGCUCCAUCUUCCUCUACCUGCAGGAUGGAAACACUGGACUUGCCAAUGCUGAAACUCCCAUCUAUGAAGGAGUGGAAGGAGGAAACAUCACAGUUACAUGCGAAUUUUAUAUCCCUGGAAGAAAAACAUUGUUCUGCAAAGAAAAAUGUGAAAAAGGAAACAUUCUCAUUGAAACACCUGAUUACACAGCUCAGAGCGGCAGAUACAGCAUUGAAUAUGAAAAAGAAAAAUUCUUAACUCCUAUUGUGCAUGUGAGCAUCACACAGCUGAACAAGUCGGAUUCAGGACGGUACAGCUGCACACUGGACACGAGUUUUCAACCAUGUGAUUUUCAGCUUCUCAUCACAGGAGCUUCAGACACUCCAGCACCUCAUGAGCCUUUAUCAACAUCAACAUUUCUCUUAUCAGCUUCCACAACAACAACAACACACUUCAGUUCAGGAAGCUUCACACUUUCAUCAAUCUCUCCUGAAACACUGUCAUCAGGCUCAGCUUCAGACACUCCAACACCUCAUGAGCCUUUAUCAACAUCAACAUUUCUCUUAUCAGCUUCCACAACAACAACAACACACUUCAGUUCAGGAAGCUUCACACCUUCAUCAACCUCUCCUGAAACACUGUCAUCAGGCUCAGGUUUGUCCUUGGAGCUGGUGAUACGUUUAUCUGUGGUGGUGGUUCUGCUGCCUGUUGUUCUGCUGCUCAUCUACAGAAUCACGGCCGAGGCCUCUAACGGUUUGAACUGCAAGAGACGCUCAGCAUAUGACCACACUGAGAUUGGUCUCAGUGAAAUCGAUCGUCCAGUCUCCUCAUGUGAAGGCUUGACCUACCAAAGUCCCAAUACAGCGAGCAGAGAUCACGACCAAACCUAGUCUACACUCAGACACAAUAACCAGUUUUCAGACAUGAACUCCUGUGAAGCUGAAUGACUGCAUGAACAGUCAUUUUUCCUUCUGAAGGAAAAAUGACUUUUUAAAUCAAGUUACCAGGGUCAGUGAUAAAGAUUUGAUCAUCAAACUUCUGUAAAAGCAGGAAUGAGAUUAUGGACCUCUUAGAAUCCACAAGUCAAUCUCAUCCAUGUCACCUUCUCCCAUUGCUUCCUCCUUUUCAACCAAACAGGUAAUAGACGCGUUGCUCCACCAUGUACAUGUCACACUUUGCCCCUUUCAAAACUGAAAUGCACACUCAUGCAGAAGUUGCAGUAAGUUGCAGUAACAGCAGAGGAAGAUUUUACUUCAAGCCAAAUGGUAAAUGGCCUGUAUUUGUAUAGCGCUUUUACUAGUCCCCCCU